CCCUCCCCGCCUGUUCCGCCCGCCAGCCGCCGCUCCGGAUGAGGUGAUGGCAACGGCCAACUUCGGCAAGAUCCAGAUCGGGAUUUACGUGGAAAUCAAGCGUAGCGAUGGCCGAAUACACCAAGCAAUGGUGACAUCUUUAAAUGAAGAUAAUGAAAGUGUAACAGUUGAGUGGAUAGAAAAUGGAGACACAAAGGGCAAGGAGAUUGAUCUGGAAAGCAUCUUUUCGCUUAACCCUGAUCUUGUACCCGAUGAAGAGAUUGAACCCAGUCCGGAAAUACCUCCACCAUCAUCAUCCUCAAAAGUGAACAAAAUUGUAAAGAACCGACGAACUGUGGCAUCUAUUAAGAAUGACCCUCCCCCAAGAGAUAAUAGAGUGGUUGGUUCAGCACGCGCACGGCCUAGUCAGCUUCCCGAACAGUCGUCUUCUGCACAACAGAAUGGUAGUGUUUCAGAUAUAUCUCCAGUUCAAGCUGCAAAAAAGGAAUUUGGACCUCCUUCACGUAGAAAAUCUAAUUGUGUCAAAGAAGUAGAAAAAUUACAAGAAAAACGAGAGAAAAGGAGAUUACAACAGCAAGAACUUAGAGAAAAAAGAGCCCAGGAUGUUGAUGCUACAAAUCCAAAUUAUGAAAUUAUGUGUAUGAUCAGAGACUUCAGAGGAAGCUUGGAUUACAGACCCCUAACAACAGCUGAUCCUAUUGAUGAACAUAGGAUAUGUGUUUGUGUAAGAAAACGACCCCUCAAUAAAAAAGAAACCCAAAUGAAAGAUCUUGAUGUAAUCACAAUCCCUAGUAAAGAUGUUGUGAUGGUACAUGAGCCCAAACAAAAAGUAGACUUAACGAGGUACUUAGAAAACCAGACGUUUCGUUUUGAUUAUGCCUUUGAUGACUCAGCUCCUAAUGAAAUGGUUUACAGGUUUACAGCUAGACCACUUGUAGAGACGAUAUUUGAAAGGGGAAUGGCUACGUGCUUUGCUUAUGGACAGACUGGAAGUGGAAAAACUCAUACUAUGGGUGGUGACUUUUCAGGAAAGAACCAGGAUUGUUCUAAGGGAAUUUAUGCAUUAGCAGCUCGGGAUGUCUUUUUAAUGCUGAAGAAGCCAAACUAUAAGAAACUAGAACUUCAAGUAUAUGCAACAUUUUUUGAAAUUUAUAGUGGAAAGGUAUUUGACCUAUUAAAUAGGAAAACAAAAUUAAGAGUACUAGAAGAUGGAAAACAACAGGUGCAAGUGGUAGGAUUACAGGAGCGGGAGGUCAGAUGUGUGGAAGAUGUACUGAAACUCAUUGACAUAGGCAACAGUUGCAGAACAUCUGGUCAAACAUCUGCAAAUGCACAUUCAUCUCGGAGUCAUGCAGUGUUUCAGAUCAUUCUUCGAAGGAAGGGAAAACUACAUGGCAAAUUUUCUCUCAUUGAUUUGGCUGGGAAUGAAAGAGGAGCUGAUACCUCAAGUGCAGACAGGCAAACAAGGCUUGAAGGUGCUGAAAUUAAUAAAAGCCUUUUAGCACUCAAGGAGUGCAUCAGAGCCUUAGGUAGAAAUAAACCCCAUACUCCUUUCCGAGCAAGUAAACUCACUCAGGUGUUGAGAGAUUCAUUCAUAGGUGAAAAUUCUCGUACUUGUAUGAUUGCCACAAUCUCUCCAGGAAUGGCAUCCUGUGAAAAUACUCUUAAUACGUUAAGAUAUGCAAAUAGAGUAAAAGAGUUUGGAAUUAGUCCUUCAGACAUUCCCUUCUCCCAGGGUAGUGGCAGUCGCCCUGAUCUCUCUCCUUCUUACGAUUAUGACGACUUUUCUCCUUCGAUUACCAGGGUGAAAGAACUGACUGUAGAUCCAGCUGCUGCUGGUGAUGUCCGUCCAAUAAUGCACCAUCCACCAAGCCAGAUUGAUGACUUAGAGACACAGUGGGGUGUGGGGAGUUCCCCUCAGAGAGAUGAUCUAAAACUUCUUUGUGAACAAAAUGAAGAAGAAGUUUCUCCACAACUGUUUACUUUCCAUGAAGCUGUCUCCCAGAUGGUAGAAAUGGAAGAACAGGUUGUAGAAGAUCACAGGGCAGUGUUCCAGGAAUCCAUUCGCUGGAUAGAAGAUGAAAAAGCUCUCUUAGAGAUGACUGAAGAAGUCGACUAUGACGUUGACUCAUAUGCUACACAACUUGAAGCUAUUCUUGAGCAGAAAAUAGACAUUUUAACUGAGCUACGAGAUAAAGUGAAAUCUUUUCGUGCAGCGCUACAAGAAGAAGAACAGGCCAGCAAACAAAUUAACCCCAAGAGGCCCCGAGCCCUCUAAAGUUGGUAUUUGCUACUAAAGGAUCCCCAGAAUCCCCAGUACUCUAACAAAUGGUGGUUCAGAUGUAAAGGCCACUUGAACGUUUUUGAAAUCUUAAGUGUGUGGAAAAUAUCUUGUCCUUCACCUGAAUGACAUUUCAAUUUUAUGAAACACUCCUUUGUCUACAAAAUGCUUCUAGUCCAAGAGGCACAAUUGGGAUUAGUGAAGUAUUUUGUUUCAUUUACCCAAAUAGUGAUUGCUUUUGGAAAUCCUUGCCAAUUUUAUUUAAAGAUUGUGGAAGUAAUCCAGAAGUGAAGAGUGGGGGAAGCCACAAAAUUUCCUUUAACUCAGAUCCAUUUUCGUAGCAAGACAGAGCAAUUUUGAAUACUUUGCGUGCAUGCAUACCUCAUCAGUGAUUGUACACACUCCUAGAAACAGCUGUGCUCACUCCUCCUCUGUGCCUUGACUAAGGCUAUUGACCCUAGAUUUCUGAAGCACAGCCAAGAUAACGUACAUUCCUUAUUUGUAACUGUAAAUUACCUUUAUUGUGUGUACAUUUUUACUGUAUUUGAAACUUUUUUUGUGUGUAACUAGUUAAUUUUGCAGGAUGUGCCAUACCAAUUGAACGGAACUAAAGUCUGUGACAGUGGACAUAGCUGCUGGAUCAUUCCAUCUUACAUGUAAAGAAAUCUGGAAUUAUGAUUUUAAUACCAUUGAUAUGUGAUUAUAAUUUUCUUAGCAUUUUCUUUGUAAAAAACUAAAAUAUAAACUAGUUGGUGUAUAAUAAAAAGUAACGAAAUUCUGAGAAGAGUUUUAUCUUAGGAUAAUACAUAUAUAUGCAGUGUGUGUGCCAGUGGUGUUAACAAGACUAAUAGUGUAAUUUGAUCUUUAACAAUGCCAUUAUUUAAGUUGAAGUGUUUAUUAGCGCCCCAAAUUUAACGUACUGUUAAAGGAAAUUGGCUUCUGAUGCAUGAACAUUUGUAUGUACAUUGAAAGUAGUUCAUAAUACAAGUUAGAUAGCCAAGCGUAGACAGUAUGUAACCCCCAGAAGUGUCGGUGCCUUACGAGGCAGUUCAUAGCAAGCUCCAUCAAUAUCUAGUAUAUGAUGGUUUGCCAUUUGGUGAGAAUCACAUCUCGCAGAUAGAAUGAUAGUAAGGAAGACUACUCCAUAAAUGGCAGGACUCACUUUUACAGCUGCUACUCGAAAAGAGAAAACUGGCCAACUUUAAUGUAAAUAUUGUUUAAAGAUUUAUAGGUAUAUAUAUACACACACAUUAUAUAUCUCUAGGAGUUUUCCCUUGGUUCCCAGUAUAUAGUCCAUUAAGUUAACCAAAGAACCUCCUAUGUUUCUCUUGAUUAACUCUAGGGAACCUACUGAUUCACUCCGUGAGCCAAGGGGAAAUCUAUGAAUAGAGUCAGCGAGCCAGAUCCUUUACUUCACUGAUCAUAAGUGAGAGGGCAGCUGUGAGGAAUCUUAACACCAUGGGGUAAAGCUCUGUAAACAUGAAAUCUAAAUCAAAUGUAGAUUUUUCACAAUAUCAUUAUUAAUAAAUGAAAUCUAUAAAAACAAAUUUAGAAAUAAUGUACUUCAAUAUAUUCACCUUUGUUUUGGAAGGAACUCAGGUUUUCUUGCAGUUGUAAGAUGUAUUUCUAUUUGUGUCUGUUUCAAAGACGAGAGGAAGAAUGAAGAACUGUUUCUGUUGACCUUGCAGAGGCCACACACCUUUAAUCCCAGUACACAGAGGCAGGUGGGUGCGAGUUCAAGGCCAGCCUGUACCACUUAGUGAGUUCCAGGUUAGCCAGAGCUUUGUAGAAAGACCUUGUCUCCAAUAAAAGGGUAAAUUUUGAGAACACCUCAUAUGUAAUGGGCAAUAAAGACAUGAACUUGCUCAUUAAGCACAAAGCUUCAAAGUUAUGUUAUUGGCACUGGACAGGAACUAUCUUCGGAAGGUCUUUUAUAGAUCCAUUUUUAGGUUUAAUGUUAUUGGCACUGGAUAGCUACUAUCUUUGGAGGGUCUUUAUAUGUAUAAAUGCUGCCUUAUGCUAGCUUCAUCUUAAUCCGUAGUCAGUGUACUUGAAAAUUAGUACCAGCAAAUAUCUUUGGAGUUAAAAUACGAUUCAGCUUUACAGAGGGAAAACUGAGACCAACCAGUAAAGAGGACUAAAGCGCAGCAGUUGGUGAGAGUUAAGGGAAACAAGCUGUAAAAGCCUAGUUAGGUGGAAUUGUUUCCCUUGAGGUAGAGAUGGUACAAGUGAACUCUACAAAACAGUUCUGUGACAUUAAAUAAAAUUAACCCUUAAGAAUAGUUACUAUUCGUGUGACAAAAGUAGUUUUUGCAGCAAAGUCUUUUUGUUGUUUUAAAUAUUCUUUAGACCUUUCUUGAAAUUUAAAGGCUGCUACACAUUAUUUUACCUAUUCAUAGCUAAGUUAUUCAAAGUCAUUAUAGCAUUUACUAUAUGACUCUUAAGCCAGAUUUGGGGGGGGGGGGGGAAAUAUCUAGGUAGGCAAGCAAUUUAUAUUCUUAAGUGUAGAAGCAUUCAUUUUAAGUUUUGGGUACAAAGAGAGCCAAGUAUCCAAUGAAGAUAGUUUCCUUAUUUAUAUAAAUAAAACAGCUAAUUUAUUAAAAUAUAUAAGCAGCAUUUAUCUUCAAUCUGACAAAAUUUUAAAUAGCUUAAAAAGAAACACCAGGUACUAGAAUUUUAAUUAUCCAGAAUUAAGGAAUAACCAGGAGCUUGUAGUUGUGGGUUAAUGGCUUUUCUUUUAAAAAACUGAAACCACAUACAGUGGUACACAAGUGUAAUCCCAGCAUUUAGAAGGCUGAGGCAAGAUUCUGAGAUUAAAGUUGAUAUUAAAAAAAAAGAAAAAAGAUCCUCUCAUGAAAGAAAAAAUCAAUUUAAUAAAGCCCAUUUGACUUAUAAACUCAGUGGGAUUUUUCUAAAUCUGAAAUCUUGUCUCCCCCAAGAAAACAGACUUAACAUGAUUUUAUAAUUAGCUUCUUUCUAAGCGUCUGCAUUUCACAGGGAGAGUCAUACAGGACAUGCCUGCACUAUAUGACUGCAGCAGACUCUGGCUUAUCCAGAACUGUACAGUUGUCUGUGUUGUAACAGGUCAUCUAACAAAGAUGGCAUUAACACAUGGAGACUGUCUAGGAUGAAGAGGGUGUUUAAAGGAAAGUCGUGUGAAGUAAGGCACUGUACAUGUGAAUGAGAAUUUGUGAGUAGGUGACCGAGCUGCAGGCCUAAAGCAGGCCUCAUCGUCCAUAACACAGUAACAUCUUUAUACAGUAAGCUGUUAGAAAGUUUAAGUGCAUGGUUGUGCGUAUCUGCGGCUUUUAAACUUGAAAAUGGUUAUUGAACCCUCCCUUUGUAGUAUAUUUAAAACAAAAACAAAAAUAUGUAGAAUUAACCACUUUGACCAUGGAUAAUAAUAAUAGGGAUUUAUAAUUUCAUUUUUUCUUGGUCUUGGGAAAAACCUGUUUUCAAAUGGCUAGGAAAAGUGGAUGCCUUCUGCAUUGAAUCCAUGUAGCAACCUGAAGGGAAAGAAAUGGAAAAUGAAUGGUGUUACCAAAAAAGCCCAACUUUUGAUCCAUAGUGUACCAUUAAUACAUAGAACACAUCAACAUACUUACACACCUAUUCCUAUCACUAGUUACUAAAGAAACUUUACUCUCCAAAUAAAUUGGCAAAGUAUUCUUAGUUAAAACCAUGUCUUGUUAUAACCUGCUGCUCUCAGGUACAUUAGCUCGGACUGGAAUCACCUUAGAGUGAUGGCUGUCGCUGGCCUCUGCGCAUCAGCGCUCUAUUUCGGCUGGAAUUUGAGAAAGUGAGAUGAAUCAUCUCUGCCUAGUCUCUGAACUUUUACUCAUUUUUCACUUUCCUUUUCUUUGUGGAUAUUGUGUACUUCUCUGACUUUUGUUAAAAAGCAGUGCCCUGAGGAAGGAUGAAGUGUAAAAUACAAUGUAUUUGAACUUGAGGUUAUUUUUCAGGAUGGCCUACAGGAAGAGGUACAUAUGGAUUGAAAUGUCUAGAAAAGCUAUGUGUAGGUGCUUAAGAAUAUCAUUCAAAUAGUAGGAAUAACAGCCAGUGAAAACUCAAUAUUCCUGCUAGCCAGCCAAUAAAACAAUAAUUCCUUAAGUCUCAGUUCUAGACUGUUCUACUGAAAAAGCAAACUAGUGUCUUACAGCACUCUACUCUCAUUUUUUUAAAUUCAGUCUCUAGAACACUAAUGCUUUAAAAGGAAACUGGCUAGGGGCUGGGGAGAUGGCCCAGCAGUUAAGAGCACUGAAAAAAGGAAACUGGCUGGCAGUGGGGACUUCCCAGAACUUGUACUGUCUAGCAUAUGCACACCUCUGAAUGCAGUCCUUAGCAAUGUAAGAAAACAGUAAACAAAAUGUACAGGAACUUGAGAAAGUCAAGUGUGAGUGACUAAAAUACAAGUUUGUAUAAUGGGUAACUGAAACUUGCUUGGUACAAGAUAAAACAUUUUGGUCCCUAUUGCCCAUAUAUCUUAACAGGUGUAGAAUUUGCCUCAGGCCAGGUACCAACUGCUAUUAAAUGGAUAAUCAGAUAUGGUUCUAAUUGGCAUUUCAUGGUUACCAUCUGAUUAACAGUAGCUAUUCUAAAAUAAAGAAAUAAUGUAUCAUCAGAUCCAGUUACACAUGUUAUGAUUUUUCUACCUUACAGGCUACUUGGAAGAGGUAAGCAUAAGGUAGUAAGACCAUGAAUGAGUUUGGGGUUGGAGCAGAAGAAAAGAAAUACACAGCACACAUAAACCUAGGCUAUCAAUGGCGCAGACUGUUCUUUACUACUGAUCUUAACACAUUCAUUCUGCAGCUAACAAGCUGCCAUCCUUCACACCAGUGGUUCUCAACCUUUGGGUCGUGACCCCUUCAGGCGGGUCAAAUGACCUUUUCACAGGGGUUGCUUAAGACCAUCAGAAACAGACAUUUACAUUAUGGUUCUAAACAGUCGCAAGAUUACAGUUGUGAAGUAGAGAUGGAAAGUAAUUGUAUGGUUGGGGGUCACCACAACACGAGGAAUUGUACUAAAGGGUCACAGCAUUAGGAAAGUUGAGAACCACUGCUCUACACCAAAUACUGUUCCACACUAUUGAAAUGCUAUGCAAUUAACUCUCCCUGGAGCACCUUAUGCCGCUUAAAAGCCUUUAAGUCUCUAAUCUUAAGAUACCACAGCAAAGAAAUGUAAGCAUUUAGAACAACAACAAAUGUAAUUACCUGAUAAAGUCAUCUAUGUCCAUGGAACGGGCCCGUUUGUCACUAAAACCUGUGCUGGUUAGGAUUUGCUGUAUUUUAUCUGCUAUACUGAAAUCUUCUGGUAUUACCUAUCAAUAUAAGAUUCAGAAUAAAUGAACAACAUAUCUUUAAUAAA